CAGUGCGAAAAAGCAAGUGAAUGAAGAAAACCCUUCCAGAACCAGGAUGUUGUCUCUGGCCACAUUAGGCCAAACUGGAGCCCGACGAGCGGUGACCACGGCUCGAGGGAGAUUUAUGAGGGAUGGCAAGUGCCAGUUUACCCGUUUGCCAGAAUGUCGAUUUGUCCUCAGGACCAGAGACAUGGGCCAGUCCUUUUCCUGCUCCUCCUCCUCCACAAUCCUUUACAGAUGCUUUAGUGCCACAGCUGCUUGUCUGAACACUUCAUCAUCACCUACAGCCAGUCGUAAAACACCGUCUUACAGUUAUGUCAUCGUUGGAGCGGGGUCAGCGGGCUGCGUGCUUGCCAACCGCCUCAGUGAGGACGCAAACGAGUCUGUCCUGCUCCUGGAGGCCGGGCCUAAGGACAUGCUGCUUGGCAGCGUACGACUAUCAUGGAAGAUCCACAUGCCAGCUGCGCUGACCUACAACCUCUGUGAUGACAAGUAUAACUGGUACUACCACACUUUACCCCAGGCCCACAUGGACAACCGGGUAAUGUACUGGCCAAGGGGCCGAGUCUGGGGUGGGUCGUCAUCACUCAACGCCAUGGUGUACAUCCGUGGACACGCCGAAGACUACAACCGUUGGCAGAGAGAGGGGGCGGAGGGCUGGGCUUACGAGCGCUGUCUGCCUUACUUCAGGAAAGCUCAGUGUCACGAGCUGGGAGAAAACAGGUAUCGCGGAGGCAGUGGACCUCUUCAUGUGUCCAGAGGGAAGAGUAACCAUCCCCUUCACGAGGCUUUUAUUGAGGCGGGCCAGCAGGCAGGAUACCCCUUCACUGAUGACAUGAACGGAUACCAACAGGAGGGCCUGGGCUGGAUGGAUAUGACCGUUUAUAAAGGGAAGAGGUGGAGCACAGCCAGUGCUUACCUGAGGCCUGUCCUGGGUCGACCCAACCUGAAGACGGAGGUGCGCUGCCUGACCUCUAAGAUCCUUUUUGAUGGCAACCGUGCCAUCGGCGUGGAAUACACACAGAAUGGACACAAGAAAAGGGUGUUUGCAGAUAAAGAGGUGAUACUGAGCGGAGGAGCCAUCAACUCCCCUCAGCUUCUCAUGCUGUCUGGGGUGGGAAACGCUGAUGACCUGAAACAACUCGACAUCCCUGUUGUUCAGCAUUUACCAGGUGUUGGCAGUAACCUGCAAGAUCAUUUGGAGCUGUACGUCCAGCAGCAGUGCAGUCAGCCUAUCACCCUUCUCAAGGCCCAGAAACCUUUCCACAUGGUCAAGAUAGGCCUGGAGUGGCUCACUCGGUUCACUGGAUAUGGAGCGACUGCUCACUUGGAGAGUGGAGGGUUCAUCCGCAGUCGGCCUCAUGUCCCACACCCCGACAUCCAGUUUCACUUCCUGCCCUCACAAGUCAUCGACCACGGACGUGUUGCCCCCAAGAUAGAGGCGUAUCAGGUUCACGUUGGACCAAUGAGAAGUACCAGUAUCGGCUGGAUGAAGCUGAAGAGCGCCGACCCCCUGGAUCACCCGAUUCUGCAGCCAAACUAUCUCUCCACCGAUAUUGACGUGCGUGAGUUCAGGGAUUGUGUCAAACUCUCCAGGGAGAUUUUCACCCAGAAGGCCUUCGACAUCUUCCGUGGUCCUGAAGUUCAGCCCGGUCCUCAGGUCCAAUCCGACGCUGACAUUGAUGCAUUUGUUCGCCAAAAAGCUGACAGCGCCUACCACCCAUCCUGCACCUGCAAGAUGGGCUCGCCAUCUGACCCGAUGGCAGUCGUUGACUCAAACACGCAUGUUCUGGGUCUUGAGCGGCUGCGCGUGGUCGACGCCUCCAUCAUGCCCAGUAUCGUCAGCGGCAACCUGAAUGCCCCAACCAUCAUGAUGGCAGAAAAGGCCGCUGACAUUAUCAGAGGCCGCCCUCCUCUCAUCGACCCCGGAGUUCCCGUGUACCAACCACCGACACUGGACACGCAGAGAUGAACAGAGAGAACGAGGAGGUGGAGAGGAGUUACAGCCGCCACCAUAUGGUACGCAAUUAAAAGGGUGUGUGUGGGUCAGAAACAGUUAUGAAGGAGUGAUGUACACGAUCUAAAUUCAGGGCAAUAAUGGUUUUAAAUACAGUUGAUUUUAGCCAGUUAACAAGUUCCAAAUCAUUUUAUUUUUCAUUCUUAAUCACGUAUGUCUUAAGUAAUGUUAAAGCUAAUCACCAGGCACCCUGAUGAUAAUGGUUUCCUCUCCUGUGUAGUUAAGUGAGCUGUCAAUUACAAAAACCAACCGUUUACUCAGGUUAACUGAGUUGACUCCUCUAACAGUAGCAGAUUCAACAGGUUUUAUUUAAUAGGCCCUUGAUAUGAAUGAACUUCAUAGAAUUGACCUAUAGCCACAUCAAAACAUUUCCUGCCUCAUUGUUCUAAAUAUAGACAUUUAUAUGGUCAGCUGUGUGCUGACACAGCAUGGGUGCUCAGAGAGAUGCUGAGCAGUUACAAAGCCAAUGUGACUGUAAUGAAAAAUUGUGCCUUGGAAAACUUGCCUGGUAUUACGUAGAAUGCACCACGUUUGGCAUGUAAAACAAUGCUUUAUAUAACAUGGUGCUUAUGUAACACUUCAGCCACACUCCACAGCGCACAAAAUGUUUUUAACGCGUCUCUAGUUUUCUAAUGGAAAAUUCUAACUUCUGUCACAGCCCAAAAACAUCUUUAUACUGUGACUCAUGUUCAUUGUCAUUUGUACAUUUUUAUCUGUGUUUUUAAAGCUGUCUUUCACCCCACUGCAUUUAAAAUCAUUUUCUCUUCAGCCUACAUAGAUUGUAUCUCUUGAUCAAACUUUGAUGCCGCCUACAUUCAGUCAAGAGCCAAAGUCUUGACUGAUCAUUGCUCUUGUUGUCUGAUGAAGGUCUGUGUUUUCUUGCAGACUGUUUACCCAAACAGACAGCAGCAGUUUUUUUUGUCAGUUAUCACCAUAGUAACAUUCCUCUUCCUUCCAGAAAACUUGCAGAUUCAACAGUUUGGCAAAAUGCUGCUUUUGUUAGCUUGGUUACACAGUUUUAAAAAGUGUGUCAUAAAUUCAAGGGCAUACCAGCCCUGCACUGAUCGGGUUCACCAAGUCGUUGAUUGAACAGAGACAACCAGGUAUCUCUGCAUCAGUGGAACGUCAUGAUUCAUCUUAUUACUUGCAGAAGAAAUAACAGACAGAUAAGUCACAGUUGUGUGAGACUCAACAUCACUUCACUUGCUCAGACAAGUGAGGUAAUGUGUUGACUCAGACUCAGGUCCAAAAUUUGACUAGAUUUGCUCUGAUCAGGACUCAAACUCAGCUGGUCUUGGUCUUGGUGUUUGUCUUGCUUUGUCACUGGCACCUAAGUGCGAGCCUGGAAGAGUGAAUGAACCUGAAUUUGGUCGUAUGCUGUCCAAACCCAGGUUAAGACCAUGAAAAACCGUACCAGAGUCAGUUUAGCUGUGGUAGGAUUCAUGUACAGUUAGACUACAAACCUCAUUCUCACAGGCAGAAAAAGAAUGAGCUCAUGUUGUGAAAUCAUAAUUGUAUUGUUGGCAAGACAACAGUAGAGAUAAAUGCCUCCCAGAUAUAUUGGCAGAGACACAUGUCCAAGGUCAUUUUUCCAAGGAACAUAUGCUCUCCUUCUUAGCUGUGCUUCCAUGAGUUACACCUUUUCAUCAGUUUGUCCUUAUGGGCACCAAACCUGUUUCCUGGUAACCAUGCAAACAGCCACACAUUGUUUCUGAAAAGAUUAGGCAAAUGGACUGUGGAUGAGAACAGCAGUAAACAGGAGUUAGAGAGAUGAAACUCAACAACUUGAGCCAACUGCUGCUCAGGAGGUAGAGCGGUCGUCCACUUAUCAGAAGGGCAGUGGUUCAGUCCCUGGCCUACAUGCCUGCAUGCUGAAGUAUCCCUGGGCAAGAUACUGAACCCCAAAUUGCUCUUGAUGCUGUACAUUGAUGUGUGAGUGUGUUAAUGCUCGCCUAGCUACCAUUGUGUGAAUGGGUGACUGCUGGCUCGUGUUGUAAAAGCGUUUUGAGUGGUCAUCAGACUAGAAAAACGCUAUAUAAAUACAGUCCAUUUACCAUUUAACAAAGCUGGAGUUGCCUUUUUGCAUUGCCCCCAAAACUGUGAUUUCAUAACACAAUCAUAGUGUUGACUUGUAUUGUGGGCAUUUGCUGAUAACCUUUUGAAGAUGACCUUUAACUGAUCAGUACCAUUGAUGCCUUUAAAAUCAUUAUGUUCUGCUAAUGUGCAUUACUUUAUAUACACUGUAUGUGACUGAUGACGUGUGGUCCAGUUUGGUCCAGUCAGGACUUACACGUUGGUGUCGAGUAGAUUGUAGAAUCAGCUUCACUGAAAAAUAGUGAUUUAGAUUGAAUUUGCAUUCUUUUGUUAUCAGCUCUAAUGGAAACAGCCAGGUGCUAGAAUGAAUUAGAAUUGUCUUACUAAGCUUUGCACUACACUAUGAAGCAUCUUCAUUACUGUGAAAAUUGUUUACAUUAUAUGCAGUAUUAUACAAUAGGACUUGAAUGUUUAAAUCAUUUGUGAGCUAAUGGAGUUAACACAAGGAUCCUAAAGGGAAAUUAUUUUGAAAUUGUUCCAGCCUGUAUGUUUGCAUGUUUUGUUUUGUUUUGUUUUUUUUUU